AUGAUGCAAGCCGUCCCCCUCAAGCGGAGCCUCUCCCGCUCUUUCAUCAGAGUCAUCCAGCGAGCGCUCCCCCUCGUCAAAAGCAGGAGAAGAUCAUGGACGACGAACGCCAAGAUCAGGAUGCCGAUCGACUUGUGA